AAAAUAAAAUUUCUGUGAACAAACCAAAACACUGUUGAUGGCAUUGGUUUGAGAACAUUGUCGGAGCUUGCAUGGAAGACAAGCAGUUUAGUUAUGGAGGCAGUGGCACAUUACCAUUAGCUCUUCUCUUGCUAUCUUGCUUUUGUUUGCAAUUUGGUAGUGGAGUAGACAGUACUAUCACAUCGUCUAAAUCCAUCAAAGAUCCUGAAGCUAUUAUCUCUGAUCGUGGGGUUUUCCGAUUGGGAUUCUUCAGCCUUGCUAAUUCCACCAACCGUUACGUGGGGAUAUGGUACAAUCGCAUUUCUGUACAAACUGUCAUAUGGGUAGCCAACAAAAAUAAACCUCUAAGGGACUCUUCUGGAAUCCUGACGAUAUUUGAGGAUGGAAAUCUUGUUCUUUUGAAUGGAAAGAAACAAAUUCUUUGGUCAUCAAAUGUCACAAAUCCAAUUUCGAAUGCCAGCGCCCAGCUCCUUGAUUCUGGAAACCUUGUCUUGCUAGGUAGCACCUCUCGAACAAUCAUGUGGGAGAGUUUCAAUCAUCGUUCUAAUACAUUAGUGCAAAACGCGAAAUUACGUACAGAUAUAAGACCAGGUGAGAAACUGCGGAUAACGUCAUGGAAAAGCCCUUCUGAUCCAUCUGAUGGUAACUUCUCUGCCGGUAUAGAUCCUCUCAACAUUCCUGAAGCUUUCAUUUGGAACAAUAAUCGGCCAUAUUGGAGAAGUGGUCCGUGGAAUGGUCAGGUAUUUAUUGGAGUACCACAAAUGUAUUCUGUUUAUCUUGAUGGGUUCAGUCUCAUAGAUGACAAACAAGGGUCAAUUUAUAUCACUUUUGCUUUUGCUAACCUGUCUUUAUCGUAUAUUCUCUUGGAUUCACAAGGAAAUUUAGCAUUACGAGCUUGGGAUGAUAAGCAAGGGGACUGGGUGACAUUUUGGUCUCUUCCAGAGACCGAGUGUGAUGUUUAUGGCCAAUGUGGGGCAUUUGGAAGCUGUGAUUCACUCAAACCAUCAAUUUGCAGUUGUCUAAGAGGGUUUGAACCCAAGAUUAUAGAGGAAUGGAAUAGAGGGAAUUGGACUAGUGGAUGUGUUAGAAGUAAACCAUUACAGUGUGAAAGAGUGAACAACAGCAGUGAACUAGGCAAAGAUGGGUUUUUAAAGCUGGGGAUGAUGAAAGUGCCAGAUUUUGCACAGUGGUCACGGGCCGGCUCGGAAUAUGAAUGCAAAGAGUUCUGCCUGAGAAAUUGUUCCUGUAUUGCCUAUGCAUAUGAUGCUGGUAUCGGUUGUAUGUCAUGGAGUGGAAAAUUAAUUGACAUACAGAAAUUCCCCAGAGGGGGAAAAGAUCUUUACAUUCGCGUGGCACAUUCAGAACUUGAUAAAAGGACAGAUACAAAAACAAUUAUCAUCAUAGCACUGACAGUAGGAACAAGCAUUAUACCCAUCUGCGUAUUUUUCUCAUGGAAGCGGAUGCCUAAACUCAGAGCAAGGAAAGAAAAAGGUGGGGAGCAGCUAUGGUUCAGUAGAGGAAAGGCACGUCCAAAUUUUGUGAGUGAUAAUGUUCAUGGAGACAACAUAAAUCAAGCUAACCUCCAGGAGCUACCACUUUUCAAUUUUGAGGAGCUAGCAACGGCAACAAACAACUUUCAUCCUACAAACAAGCUAGGGCAGGGUGGUUUUGGUCCAGUUUACAGGGGAAAAUUGCAAAAUGGAAAGGAAAUAGCAGUAAAGAGAUUGUCAAGUGCCUCUGGACAGGGGUUAGAAGAAUUAAUGAAUGAAGUGGUGGUGAUCUCUAAACUCCAACAUCGCAAUCUUGUCAUAUUACUGGGCUGUUGUGCUGAAGAAGACGAGAAGAUGCUGGUAUACGAGUAUAUGACAAACAAAAGCUUGGAUGCGUUUCUUUUUGAUCCAGUCCAACAAGAAAUCUUAGAUUGGAGAAAACGCUUCAACAUUAUUGAAGGAAUUAGUCGAGGCCUUCUUUAUCUUCAUAGGGAUUCUAGGUUACGAAUUAUUCAUAGAGAUCUAAAGGCUAGUAACAUCUUAUUGGAUGAAGAGCUGAAUCCAAAUAUUUCAGAUUUUGGGAUGGCUAGGAUUUUUGGGGGCAAUGAAAAUCAAGCCAAUACUACAAAGGUUGUUGGAACCUAUGGCUACAUGCCUCCUGAGUAUGCAAUGGCAGGGCGAUUUUCAGAAAAAUCUGAUGUAUUCAGCUACGGAGUCCUGCUACUAGAGAUUGUCAGUGGGAGAAAAAACACAAGCUUUUAUGGUAAUGAAGAUUCUAUUAGCCUCUUGGGAUAUGUAUGGAAAUUGUGGAAUGAAGACAACAUAUUGGCUUUACUACAUACAGGGCUGUAUGAUCCAUGCUAUCAGAGGGAAAUUGUAAAAUGCAUACAUGCGGGAUUGCUGUGCGUGCAAGAAUUUGCAGAAGACAGACCAACCAUAUCUACCGUUAUUUCGAUGCUUAAUAGUGAGAUUGUUGAUCUUCCAGCUCCAAAACAGCCUGCUUACACCGGCCGACUGAUUGCCUCAGGUGCAAGGUCCCCUCAAAAUAAUCUAAACCAUUGCUCUAUUAACAAGGUGACCCUCACCACUGUUGAAGGCCGAUAAGAAGCUAGUUUUUGAGAUAGUAUAUAUGUAUAUGUAUCUAUAUAUUUAUGCAUGCUUUCUGGUAGGGAAAAAGUGUAGUAAUCUUGGUGCAUGAUACCUGCAUGGAGCAUGGUAGACCCAAGAAAGAAUGCUUUAUAUUGAAAUUGUAGACCUUUUUCUUUUCUUGGGGUCUGAGAUUGUGAACCUUCUUGCUCCAGUACAGAGCACUCUCAACCAAUAAUA